CCCAGAAAGGCGGAAGGAAAGUUGCGACUAUGAAAGGCGUUCCACAAGUUGUUACUGUAGCCAUAUUCGGAACGUUCCUGUGUCUCAACGUUCUCGGGGUAAGGGUGCAGCUCAGCGGGAGCUCAGGCAAACAGGAUGGCAUCCAGGCAUUUGUCAUUGCUCACAGCCAUAUGGACGUCGGCUGGGUUUACACCGUUGAGGAGAGCAUGCAUGCAUAUGCUGCCAAUGUUUAUACGACCGUCGUGGAAGAACUGGUAAAGGGGAAACAGCACAAGUUUAUUGUGGUAGAGCAGGAGUUCUUUCGACUCUGGUGGGACAAGGUGGCCACUGACACACAGAAAGACCAGGUGCACAAGUUGCUGGAUGAGGGACGCUUGGAGUUUAUCAUUGGAGGCCAGGUGAUGCAUGAUGAAGCAGUAACAGAACUUAGUUCACAGAUCUUGCAGCUCACAGAAGGGCACGGUUUCCUGUAUGAAACAUUUGGAACAAGACCUCAGUUUUCAUGGCACGUGGAUCCCUUUGGCGCAUCAGCCACCAGCCCCACAGUGUUUGCUUUGGCCGGUUUUAAUGCUCAUCUCAUCUCCCGUAUUGACUAUGAUGAAAAGGAAAUGAUGCAGAGAAAUAAGAAGCUCCAGUUUGUGUGGCAAGGAUCUCCUUCAUUGGCACAGCAGCAGGAGAUCUUCACUCAUACCAUGGACCAAUACAGUUACUGCGUCCCAUCUUUUCUGCCUUUCUCCAACAGAUCUGGCUUUUAUUGGAAUGGAGUUGCUGUUUUUCCUGACCCACCAAAAGAUGGAAUUUACCCGAACAUGAGUCUCCCAGUGACCAAUGAAACAGUUCAUGCCUAUGCAAAGACUAUGGUAGCAAACAUAAAAAAGAGAGCAUCCUGGUUCCGAUCUAGUCAUGUUCUGUGGCCAUGGGGCUGUGACAAGCAGUUCUUCAAUGCCUCCGUCCAGUUUAAGAACAUGGACCCAUUGAUGGAUUAUAUCAACCGAAAUAGUGAUGAAUUUGGAGUUACAGUGCAGUAUGCUACAUUAAGUGAAUAUAUUCGGGCUGUUCACAAUGCAAACCUGACUUGGGAUAUCCAAAAGAACCAGGACUUUCUCCCUUACUCCUCAGAACCGUUUCAAGCCUGGACUGGAUUUUAUGCCUCUCGGAAUAUACUCAAAGGAAUGGCCCGGAGAGCAAAUUCAUUCCUCUAUGCCUGUGAAUCCCUUUUCACGUUGUACCUCUUGAGAUACCCGUUAGGAUCUGUAGACAAACUUUGGGCUCUACGACAAAUUCAGCAGCUGAGAUGGGCUGUGUCGGAGGUACAACAUCAUGAUGCCGUAACUGGGACAGAAUCUCCCAAAGUGAGAGAUAUGUACAUGGAUCACCUAUUGCGAGGGAUGUGGGCUGUGAAAUCAGUAAUGGCUGCUAUAUUUCAAGAAAGCCUGGACACUCGAAAGGAUAAAUUGGAUUUUCCUCUUCGCUUUGGUCAAGACACCAGAAAUACAGAGGAUGACUCUUUACAGAUCACUGUGUACAACCCUCUUGGAUGGAACAUCACAACAGUUAUUAACAUCUCUGUUGCUUAUUCAGCAGUCAGUGUUUAUGACGAUGCAGGCAAUGAUGUGCCGUCACAGAUCCAGAAAUCUGCUUCUAACAGCACGUAUGAUCUAUAUGUUCUUGUAAGGCUAAAUGCACUCAGCUACAGUAGGUACCUUGUAAAAAACAUAAAAUCAACUUGCACCAAGGCCUCAGGUGGCCGAUGCUCAGAAAGUCCAACCUCGUCUGGAGGGAGAGUGAUUACAUUUGACAGAAAGCUAGUGAGCAAGUCGAAAAAUCCGGGGCACAGACUACUCCCAUUGAUGAAUGACUGCUAUUUAUUGAUGCUGAACAAGGACACUAACUUGCUGCACAGCAUCACUGACAGAUCCUCCCAGAAGACUGUCAAGAUAAAGCAGGAAUUUUUGGAGUAUCACGCUAAUGGAGACGUUGAACAGGGCCCAAUCUCCGAUAAUUAUAUAUUCACACCAAAUGGCUCAGCGAUGUUGGUGUCGAAGUCUAUUGGUAUGGAGGUAGUUACAGGAAAACUAGUAACUGAAAUCAGACAGUACUUCUACAGCAAUAUUUCUGCCAGUGCAAACGAUUACCAAUAUGCAAUAUUCACAAAGAUCUACCGUGUACCUAAUGGGUAUGACGGGUCAAUGCUAUGCAGUAGAAUUGAGCAGGAGUACACCGUUGGUCCACUGGACCUGAACAGAGAAGCGAUCUUAAGGAUGGCUACAGAUCUAAAAACUGAUAGGACCAUUUACACGGACAAUAACGGUUACCAGAUGAUGAAGAGACUAUACAAGUUGCAUACCAACAAUACUCUGGCUCGAAAUUACUACCCUCUUGUAAGGACCGCUUAUAUUGAGGAAAGUGGCACAAGACUUGUCAUUUUAUCAGAGAGAGCACAUGGCAUUUCCAGCCAAGCUGAUGGGCAGUUGGAGAUGAUGCUUCAUCGAAGAUUAUGGAACAACAAGGAAUGGAAUCUGGGCUACAACCUGACACUGAAUGACACCUCUGUGGUACGACCACUUUUCUGGCUGAUGUUGGGGUCAAAGUCAACAACUUCAUCCCUGUAUCAGAGUGGGAUGGCGCUCGAGUUCAGGCCCAUUGUCAUGUAUGGCCCUGCCUCAGGAAAGGAAGCACUUGUCCCAUCACACAGUUCACAGUGCAACAGUUCAACAAGUUCUACCUUUCUCCCGCCUAAUCUCCAUCUCCUAACACUGUGUCUGCCUGGCUGGCGAUAUAAUUCAAACCACACUGAACAUGUGCAGAAUAUAGUCCGAGGUAAAUCUAAACCGUCUGACCCAGACUUCCAUCGAGUUCUAUUGAGAAUUAUGCAUUUGUAUGAAGUGGGAGAAGACCCUGUCUUGUCCCAGCCUGUGACAGUCAACCUAAAGGACCUGCUGAAAGUGCUGGGAUCAGUGGUGUCUAUUGAAGAGCGUUCACUCACUGGAAUCUGGAACAUUAACACGCUUAAACGCUGGAAGUGGAAAACUGCACAACAACAUGAUAGAGAUCCUAAAAAUGGCAAAAGCUGGCUAACUGAAGAUUUCGUUGUCACUAUUCAACCCAAGGAAAUGAGAACUUUCUUUGUACAUUUUAAACAGUGAACCUUCUGCUGACCCCGCCAAGCCUGAGGGACUGACACUAGCCACCGAGAAGGAGGAAGUUGCCUCGGAGGUUGCAGCAUAACACCCUCUCCCUGUGCCAAGACCUGGCACAUAUACUUGCGCCUCAGCAGGGCUUAGCACAGCAGGACAAAAGCAAGCACGAUCUGGUGAGGGCAUUUCGCAUUCACAUGUGCAACUGCCAGAGAGUGAGGUGGAGCAGGCCUUAGGCAAUUGGAGUUCGAGGUGCUGCAGAAGCUGAGACCAAGUCGGAUGAUGAACCUCUGGAGUUGUCCGUGAGGCGGCAGAUACUGGAUGUCCUCCUGCAGUGGGGUCCAUUUAGACCUUGGCCAUCAUCUUAGCCUUCUAACUAGGCCAGACGUGGAGCUAGUGGAGAUUUGGAGUUGUGGAGAUUUGGCAAAAGUACCAUAAAGUUUGUGUGCUCUGGCAUAGACUGUGAAGGUGCCCAGCCAGGCUCUAUGUGCACUGCACCAAGCUUCCUCUGUGGAUGGUCUGGUGACUGUCCUGGCGGGCAAACCCACCAUACUGUGUGUAUGUGCUCUGACCUGCACACCAUCGCCCUGGCUCUGAGCUCAGGGGGCCCAAAACUAGCAUGGCUAGGGAGUGGGACUUGGGCAAUGAUCCAGCUCCUUGGAUCUCAUAAGAAGGCACGGAGGAUCAAUCAAUACUUGUGGCGGAAGAUGAGUAGCAGCUGCCGCCAUAUGGAAGCACCUCUCUGGGGGCAGCCUCUCCUCCACCCCUCCGCUAUUGGCACACUCAUCCUUGAAUCUUGGCUUGGAGGGGAACUUCCAGGUGGUGAUGUUCCCAUGUGUCUGCUGCCCUUGUCCUUCUA